GCGUCUCUCUCUCUCUCUCUCUCGGGCCAUCUCUAGAGAAGUGCCGGAAACUCCAAGAAAAAGCUUGGCCGUCGACUUUGCUGAAAACCGCAAACUUUCCUCACUUCCACACACUCCUUCGCCUGAAUGCUCACCGGAAUCGCCGCUUCCAGAUUCCGACUGGGCCUCAUGCCAGGCGCUGCGGCGAUGUCGUCUUCUACCAAGUCCUCUCUCGCCCUGAGAAAUCCUAGCUUGUCAUAUUCUUCGUGCUCUACGCUCUUCAAUGGCCGCCGUGGAGGUGGAGGAGCUGGAGUAAUCGGGAGAAGUCGCGUUAGUUUCAGCUCCCCGCUCGUUCGCGGUGUUACGCUUCGUUGUUUCGCUUCAUCUUCUUCCAGUUCUAAUCGAGUUAAAGUUCAGAGUCCGAUUGUUGAAAUGGACGGUGAUGAAAUGACUAGGAUCAUCUGGAAAAUGAUCAAAGAUAAGCUGAUAUUCCCGUAUCUUGACCUGGAUAUCAAGUAUUUUGACUUGGGAGUAACUAAUCGUGAUGCUACUGAUGACAAAGUCACCAUAGAAAGUGCUGAGGCCACCCUCAAGUACAAUGUUGCUGUCAAAUGUGCCACGAUAACUCCUGAUGAGACUAGAGUGAAGGAGUUUGGCCUUAAGUCAAUGUGGAGGAGCCCUAAUGGCACGAUUCGAAACAUUUUAGAUGGUACUGUUUUUCGUGAACCAAUUAUCUGCCGCAACAUCCCAAGAAUUGUUGCAGGUUGGAAGAAACCCAUAUGCAUUGGUAGGCAUGCCUUUGGGGAUCAAUAUCGUGCCACAGAUGCUGUUAUAAAAGGUCCAGGAAAGCUGAAAAUGGUUUUCGUCCCAGAAGGUGGUGAUACCCCAUUGGAGCUUGAUGUUCAUGAUUUCAAAGGCCCUGGAGUGGCACUGGCAAUGUAUAAUGUUGACGAGGUUUAUUCAACCUCAUGCUACUUCUCCUUUUCUAUUCGAGCGUUUGCUGAGUCAUCAAUGACAAUGGCAUUGGCAAAGAAGUGGCCUCUAUACUUGAGUACCAAAAACACAAUUCUUAAAAAAUAUGAUGGCAGGUUUAAGGACAUAUUCCAGGAUGUUUACGAACAGAAGUGGAAGGAUAAGUUUGAAGAGCAUUCAAUUUGGUACGAGCAUCGGCUAAUAGAUGACAUGGUUGCAUAUGCGAUGAAAAGUGAAGGUGGAUAUGUCUGGGCUUGCAAAAAUUAUGAUGGAGAUGUCCAAAGUGAUUUACUUGCCCAAGGAUUUGGCUCGUUGGGUCUUAUGACAUCCGUGCUGAUUUCUUCUGACGGAAAGACCCUAGAAGCUGAGGCAGCUCAUGGAACUGUCACUAGGCAUUUCAGAUUGCAUCAGAAAGGCCAAGAAACCAGCACAAACAGUAUUGCUUCAAUUUUUGCAUGGUCGCGAGGACUAGAGCAUAGGGGAAAACUGGAUAAGAACGAAAGGCUGCUUGAUUUUGUUCAGAAGUUGGAGUCUUCAUGCGUUGAAACAGUUGAAUCAGGCAAAAUGACCAAGGAUCUGGCAAUCUUGGUCCAUGGCCCCAAGGUAUCAAGGGAACUUUACUUGAACACAGAGGAGUUUAUAGAUGCAGUGGCAAAGAAUCUGGAAUCAAAGCUCCGGGAACCUGCUGCAGUUUGAUGUGCAUAGCAUCCAGCUGCAUCUAGUUGUGGUUUGGAGAAAAACACGACCAAUUCAGACAUUUCCAUAAUGGGGUGAUAGGAGUUUAGCAUAGAACAUAUACUUGAAUUUCUCAUUUUCUUUGGAAAUAAAGUUGUAACGACGAUUCAGUUUCAACUUUGUGAUGGUCUUGUUCACAACUAACUAGAACAGAGGCCAUUGGGAUAUCGCCUCACAAUCAAUAACACUUGUAACACAUUCCUGAUUACGGCUCCUAUGACUCUUAAAACAAAAUUCUCAGAUCAUAUGACAAGAUCAUGUUUCAUAAACUGUCAUGAGAGAGAUACAGAAAUCCAUAUAACGCUCUUGGGCAGAGGUACAAGUGCACGAAUCAAGUGCGUCGGUGUUCGAUGGAUCACUGAAUGUACUUUGGGAUUUCCCCCUUCCUCAGCACACCAAGAGCAUAUUCAGCUGUGUCAGUGAGGUCCUUGAUAUUGUGGACGGAUCUCUCCUCGGAUCCCAGCAGGAAAAUGGCACGAACCUCAGCCUUCUUUGCCAGUCUUGCAGCUAAAUUCAAAGGCAAACUUGGAGAAUUCAGACUGCGCAAUAGUUGUCGGUAGAGAGACAGUACAUAUCCCCUAUUACUUGCGAAGUCCUCAGCUGCCGCCCAAAUCUUCAGGCCUCUCGCUGCCAUACCUGAAAUGGUGAAACAAAGGAAAAAUCAAUUGUGAGGAAAAAUAAGACCAAAAGGCCAAAUCCAAUAAAAACCGUCAUGACAAACACAUUCAGCUAUACAAACUACUGCAAAACCACGAGACCCUCAGACAAUUGAUCGAACACAUGGCGUGCGCCUUCAAAUUCAUUAAUUCUCUUGUUAACACAAGCUCAACUCAAGUACAUAUUCUACCGACAGAAUUUCGCAUUCCAGGCACAAUUUCAGAAGCAAGCAAGACCCGAUUCCCUCAUUUUCUCUCAAUACUCACGCAUCCCAUAAAGUACCCAAAACAGUGUAGUUACCCAGGUUUAUGAUAAUAUAUAAACCUGAAAUGCCAAAACUGCAGCGAGAAAAAGGAUACUGAAGAAGUCGGAUCAAUGGCGCCAGGCGUCCACACUCUAGUAUAGGCCCCGGCGAACGACCUUGCCGGCAAUCCGGAUGCGACGGCUCUCCUCCAAACUCCCCCUCACUUCCGGCGGCUCUUGUUCGGUAUAACUCGCCGUGCUGAAUGACCUCACUUUCGCUCUGAAAUUAUUUGUCUUUAGCGGUUUUGCCACGAAAAAACGCCAUAUUUCAAGCCCAUUCCUCUAUUGGGCCGCGAGCUAGUAAUGGAAUACCCAUUUCCGGCCCACACCGGAUCCAGCUCUUGAUCAGUCUCCUCUCCACUUCCUCCUCUCCGUCGAGUAUUCUCGCCUUCGCAGAGAGCACGAGACAGUACACGAGGGUUUUGGAAAUCUGAGAGAGAGAGAGAACUGUACAUGCAGGAAGCAAAGAACCUCAAUUACAAGAGAGGGAAGAAGAUCGGCGUCAAGCCGCAAAAUUCUCCGUUUCUGCCUCUCCCUUCGUCGUGAGAUCUAAGAAUAUGUAGAGAGAGAAAGAAGAGGCGAGAGGGAAACUUCAACAGAUAUCUCCCCUGUCUCACACCUUCUCCUUACUCUAUCGCCCUCUGCACCUUGUCCCAUCGCCCAUCACCGCCACUCACCGCCGGUCUUCAACUCUCCGGAAGUCGUCAAAGAUGACAGACAAAAGAACAAAGUUGAAGGUGUUAGUAGGACCAAUUUUGCCAGCUCUCCACCCAGACCACGACCACCCACAGACAGCAGGUGGUUCUGGGAACCCUAGACAACAACCGGAUGGUCACUCGUCUACUGCACCGGCUGACUUUGUGGUAAUACGACGUGGGCCAAAUGGUCGUUUCACAUCUGCCCACCACGCUGAUGCUGAGGCUAUCCGUAGCAAGAAGAAGAAGAAGCUGAUGACGAGAGACGGGACGACAAGAGACGAGACGUGGGUUCUUACAGAGCCGGCUCCUGGCGGGCCUGAGGAUCCUACCCUGAUCCCUAGUUUUAAGGGUCACGCAGCAUUUCGAUUGUGGACUCAACCCGAGCUGGCCCGAGGGUCGAUCGGGUACUACUCUCAUGAUAGGGGAUUGGAUUUCCUCACACGCUACGAGUUUGCGAGCUCCGGUUCCCUGGAGUUGGUCCAGGGCACAGGGUUGUUUCACUUGCGUGAGUGCGUGACGCGCAACCUGAAUCGUCCUUUGCUUACGGCGUUUGUGGAAAGGUGGCAGCCCGACACCAACACAUUUCACAUGCCGUUUGGAGAGAUGACGAUCCUAUUGCACGAUGUUUUCCACAUUCUUCGGAUUCCCGUAGAUGGAGAGUUGCUUAGCCGUGGAUGCGACUCAUUCCCUGGCUUUCUUGGACUCACAAUGGACGAUUUGGUGAGGCUUGUUGAUAUUGAUAGGGGGAAGAGUGUAACAACUCAUGUUCACCAGCACAGAAACAAGGACUCUGAGGUGAAGCAUUAUCUAUUAUGUUUGUUGGGAUCUAUAUUAUUUAUGGACAAGACUAGAGAUCGCGGCGUUCUUGAUACGAUCAACCUGUUCGUGAGAGAUCACGAGCGAGUCAAGAGGUACGCUUGGGGGGUUGGUACACUUGCUUAUUUGUAUAGGCAACUAGGUGUGGCAUCUCGAGCUAUGAGCUAUGCAGUUGGUGGUUGCUUAACACUCCUACAGGCAUGGAUUUAUGAGUACUUCCCGAGUUUGCGGCCUACUGGAUACGAGCCCCCAACACUGAAAGAUGGCGAGGCUCUUGCUUUUAGGUGGAAGGGAGCACGUUUAGAAGGAGGGCACAGGCCAGAUGCUAAGCAGUUGCAAUACUACCGUCUGAUGUUGGACGAACUGACAGCUGAGGACGUGACGUGGCUUCCAUAUGGUCAAAAUCCUGGCCAAGUGGUUCCGUUGUCUUUGUACCAUGGUGUGAUCCGAUUUGGCGAUGUGGGGGAGAUGUACGAUCCCGGGCGGUGUCUUCGACAGUUUGGAUACAGACAAGUAGUUCCCAUUCACCCUAUUAAACCAGCUUACGCAUUUCGUCCUGCCUCUGGCAUGGGCUAUGACGUGCGGUUCGAUUCCGUCUUGGAUAAUUUUUGGAGCUACCGUCACCGCCACACGUUGCAAUUGGAUACCAUCUCUGCACCUGCUCAGCCUUUGUGGGAGGCCGACGAGGACUACUCAGACUGGUAUUUUAAGCAUUCCCACCCGUUCAUCGUCAAACCCCACGGUAUGGAAGAUCCUCGGGGGAAUGCAAUCGCCUAUAAGCUGUCUAUCCAGAUUAUAGAGAAUCUCCGUCCCAUGCUUACGGCCGACGAUGACACUCUGCCUCCUCAGUUCUUGGAAAUGAUUCGUCGUGCUCGUGGAUUGCUCGUCGAGUAUGACCGGCGGAAAGCACGAGGCCCACCCACUCAUAGUAGUCUUGUGUAGAUUUUCAGUAGUUUUUGGGUAGUUGGUCGUUUUAAUUUAGUCCCUUUCUCAUGUCGUUUUAAUUUAGCUCUCCCGUAUCAUCUAUCAUAUGCAUGGUGAUUGUACAAUGAGGGUUCGUGGACCUUUGAUUGGCUGGGUGGUUGUGUAUCCAUUGAUAUAUAGUUAUAUACACGCAGGAGAUGAGUAGUUUGCCCAGUCACUUGUGUACGUGUACAUUGUGUAGUCUGCUUGAGCUUUUGCUGAGUCAUCAAUGACAGUGGC